AUUAUUGCUGCUUGUCAAUAUAUAUGUAACAAUGAAAUUGCAUUUCGCAUUCCACAUUUUCACCUAGAGCCUCCUCUUCAUUUUCAUUUGUUUCAAUUUGCUCUAUAGUAGUGAUGGCCAACUCAAAGGCCUUUUUUUUCUCUGCUUUUCUUUUUUCAUUUUUCUUAUCUAUUCGUGUCUUUGCUCGUGAACUUUUCAAUGAAAAGAAAAUUCAAGCAUACAAUGUGGAGGAUAAUGAGUUAAAAGGGUCAAGAAGAAGCAGCAGCUGGCCGGUUGACUAUAAUCUUAAUCUCAAUGAUAUUCGAAUGAAAUUUCAAAAGGAUUAUAAUUAUCCUACCAACUAUGAUUCAGGUGGUGAUAUUCCUAUUCUUCCAAUGUUGGGUAGAGUUAUUCCAUUUCCUAAAAAACCUAAACAACCACCACAACAACAAGAACCAAAUCAAAAUCAAAAUUCAAAUCCGAAGGCUACUCCACCGUAUUAUAAAGAAGAACCACGGUGGAUAGAUCCCACUGAUCCUCCUUACAGGGAUAAGGGAUCGUAUCCAUCCAAAUAUAGAGAUUCAAAGUAUACAUUAUUCUUUCAUUUAGUGCAACAAAAACUACUUGAAACUAAAAGCAGCCAUUACUACUAUACUCCUUUGUUUGGCUACCAUCAAAAUGAUUUGCAAUGGAAUCAUCAUGUGUCACCUAAAAUUCGAAAGGAUCACUACUUUACUAAUUUUCUUGGCUACCAACCCUCAGGUUUUGAAGAAAUGGAUACCAACCCUAAUCAGGCUUUAAAGAAUUGUGCAGAACCGGAACUAUACCGAUGAUGAAAAUGUACCAUGGCAUCACAAAAUGAUGAUCAUUGAUCAUCCUUUCAGAUAUCAAUUGGAGGUAUAUCCAUUCGUUUCCAACCGAAAUUUCUUCCUUGAUGAAUGGUGUUAGAACAAGUUUUGGAGACAGUGACAAGAAGACAAUAAAUAAACAUUAGUUUAUUAACUAUAUAUAUAGCUCUGUUACUUUGGCAGAUACGUGCUAUAAUAAUAUACUAUAUGGUGUAUCAUACAACUUAUUAUAUUACACGUGUGGUAAAUAAUACAAAGCCUAUUUUAAUGUGUGCUUAUGCUAA